GAAGAAGAUAACGAUAGCCCCCCAAAACCAAAACUUGUCACCAAAAUGAUGAAACGGUUUUCCAUGUUGAGAAAGCCAUUGUUUGGUACAAUUGCUCUUUUGGGUCUCUUCAGAAAAUCAUCAAACACAACCACAACAACAAAAGAAAGUGGCAAAGAGGCAUGAACAUCUUUAUCCUCAUCGAACUAACACAUUUUCCUCAUCUGGGCAUUGAUCCAUUUUGGUCAUGAUCAUCAUCUUGGUAUCGUGAAAAGGAAAACGACAAACGACAUCAAGUUUUCAUCUUGUAUCUCCAAAAAAUGAGCAGAGAAAGCAGUAGUAAUAGUAGUAGCAUGAUAAAGGCAUGGGAGGCGACAGUGCGGAGGACACAGGCGGCGAAGAAGCGAGCCAACAGCAUAUUCGGCACAUCAAUCAUAUCCCACGCGGACGCCGAAAACGAAGACGAAGAGGAAAACGACAACUCGAUGAGUGUCGUCGGAGAAGUGUACCACGCAGACAAAGUCCUUCCCAAUGGGGACUACUACACAGGGCAAUGGUCGGAUAACUUUCCUCAUGGACAAGGCAAGUACCUCUGGACCGAUGGUUGCAUGUACGUGGGAGAGUGGUUCAGGGGGAAAACUAUGGGCCGAGGACGGUUCAGUUGGCCGUCUGGGGCCACCUACGAAGGCGAGUUCAAAAGCGGGUACAUGGAUGGGACGGGUACUUAUACUGGCCCCAAUGGAGACACUUAUAAGGGACAAUGGAUCAUGAACUUGAAACAUGGUCAUGGUGUCAAGAACUAUUUUACUGGAGAUUUUUAUGAAGGCGAAUGGCGUCGAGGCUUGCAAGAAGGUCAAGGGAGGUACCAAUGGAAAGAAGGGAAUCAUUACGCGGGGGAAUGGAAAAACGGUGAGAUAUACGGGAAAGGGAUGUUCGUGUGGACGAACGGGAACAGGUACGACGGUUACUGGGAGGAAGGAGUCCCAAAAGGGAGCGGUACCUUCAAAUGGCCCGACGGUAGCUUCUUCGUCGGCAACUGGAGCCGUGACUCCAGAGAGCAGAACGGCACUUUCUACCCUUCUGGCUCUUCUCCGGACGCCAACCUCGACUGGGACCCUCAACAAGUCUAUAACGUCGACCUCUGUGAUUGCCGCAUCUCUCCCAGCGAGAAGGUCUCCAUCUUACCCUCCCAGAAGAAGCUCGCCGUUUGGCGCUCCUCCAAGGCCAACGACUGCGGUGGUGGAGGAGAGAGGCCGAGGAGGAUGUCUGUCGAUGGGAGAGUCGGUGCGGCCGUGGAGAGGCCCUUUGAUAGGAUGCGGAUGUGGGACUCUGGUGAAGAUGAGAGGUGUGGGGUUGGGGGGCUGUUUUGGGGGAGGGAGAGUAGCUGUGAGGAGUAUAGUUAUGCGGGCUUGAAUGGUGAAGAUGCUAAUGGGAAUAGGAAUGAUAUUCCUAAAGGGGGUUUGACACAGCAAUUGAGAGUGCCCAAGAAGACCAAGAGACAAGGGGAGACCAUUUGUAAAGGCCAUAAGAAUUAUGAGCUUAUGCUUAAUUUGCAGCUUGGAAUCAGACACGCCGUUGGAAGACCAGCUCCAGCUGCAUCCCUUGAUCUGAAGCCCUCUGCUUUUGACCCCAAGGAAAAAUUAUGGACAAGAUUUCCUCCAGAAGGAACUAAAUAUACUCCACCACACCAGUCCUGUGAAUUUAAAUGGAAGGAUUACUGUCCAUUAGUCUUCAGGACAUUAAGGAAGCUGUUUAAAGUGGACCCAGCUGAUUACAUGAUAUCUAUUUGUGGUAAUGAUGCACUUCGGGAGCUUUCAUCUCCUGGAAAAAGUGGUAGUUUUUUUUACUUGACCAAUGAUGACCGUUACAUGAUAAAGACUAUUAAAAAAGCAGAAGUAAAAGUGCUCAUAAGAAUGCUUUCAGCCUAUUAUAACCAUGUUCGCGCUUUUGAGAAUACUCUGGUGACCAAAUUUUAUGGUCUACACUGUGUAAAGUUAAUGGGGCAACCUAUACAGAAGAAGGUACGUUUCAUCAUUAUGGGGAAUCUUUUUUGUACGGAAUAUACGAUUCACAGGCGUUUUGACUUGAAGGGAUCUGUCCUGGGCCGAACAACAGAUAAGCCUGAGACAGAGAUUGAUGGAACCACAAUCCUUAAAGACCUCGAUCUUAACUUUAUAUUCCGACUUCAGAAGUCAUGGUUUCAGAACUUUUGCAGGCAAAUUGAUAGAGACUGCGAAUUCCUUGAACAGGAGAGGAUUAUGGAUUAUAGCCUUUUGGUUGGCCUCCAUUUCAGAAAUACAUCAGCUGCUGGCCAUCUUAUUCCUUCUGGAGCUCGAACUCCCGGUGGUGAUGAUAGUGAUGGGGCUCUCCAUCUUUCAAGGGCAGACAUGGAUCAGCUUCUUUUAGAUCCAUCCAGGUGGGCUAGUAUAAAGUUGUGUAUGAACAUGCCAGCAAGAGCUGAACGGACAGUGAGAAGAAAUGACUUGGAACUUCAGCUUAUAGGAGAACCCACAGGAGAAUAUUAUGAAGUUAUACUGUUCUUUGGUGUCAUAGACAUACUUCAGGACUAUGACAUUAGCAAAAAGCUUGAGCAUGCCUACAAGUCCAUUCAAUAUGAUCCAACGUCUAUUUCAGCUGUUGAUCCAAAACAGUACUCAAGGCGCUUUCGCGAGUUCAUACUCAAAAUUUUUGCUGAAGACAGUUGAACUAGCCAUUUAAGCAAAUAAACAGCUGCAUUGUCUGGAUAGCAUACAAAAUUUGAUUCUAUUUUUUGACAGCAAUUCAUUGAUUUUGGAAGCUUGCUCAUCAACCCGAACUCAAAUACAUCAGUUUUGCCUUUCACUUUUCCACCAUUUAGAGGUACCAUAUUAGACCUCCAAAAACAAAUUCACAUUGCUUUCAUUAGUACUUUUGUCCUAUUUUUCUUUUCUUUUCUGUUUUUUUCCUCCCCCCCUUAUAUAUAAUACUACAGCUAAAUAUUCCCUAUACUAUACUGCAGCAAAAAUUUGCUGUUAUAAUUAGAGAAGCAUUCCUAGUGUACCCAAAUUGUAAAAAAUGUAUCCAUAUGUAUUAUUGUUCACUUUAUUUUUUUCCAAUUUAUUUUGGCUCAACAGAAAAGGAGAUCUUUGGUCUUUCUUGAGCUUACAUUCAAUAAAUUUUUGUAUGUAUGGUUGUUAUCUCUUUAUUUAUUUUAUGAAAAAUUAUAUUGUUCUUUUCA